CGUAACGAGGUUUUCUGUGUAAACCGGACGUUAGCGCCUCUCGUGAGUUGCGCAACAGUCGCGAGGUCAGCAGCAUUGUAACUUUUGGCGCCAACCGACUGCAAGGCGCUAUAUCUUUCAGUUCCAUAACAAUUAGCUUGAAAAAUUAUGCCGCCAAGGAAAGCAACAAAACGACCAGCUCAAACUUCUGCGAAAGGUCCCCGGGAGCCAAAACAGAUUAGGAAAAAGCAAGAAUUAUUUGUAAAACCCGAUUUACGGCAAUCUACAACUGGAGGCGUAUUAUUGGUAUUUGGACAAGGUGAUGUGGGACAGCUUGGUUUAGGAGAAGAAGUUGUUGAAAAAAUUCGUCCAGCAGUUAUCCCUGGAUAUCAAGAUAUCGUAGCUGUAGCUGCUGGUGGUAUGCAUAAUGUGUGCCUAAGGCAAACCGGAGAAGUAUUAACUUUUGGGUGCAACGACGAAGGAGCAUUGGGACGAGAUACGUCUAAAGAUGGUUCUGAAACUGAACCAGGUCUUGUUGACCUGCCUGGCAAAGCCAGUCAGGUGACAGCUGGUGAUUCCCAUAGCGCCGCUUUAUUAGAGGACGGACGAGUUUUUGCAUGGGGCUCUUUUAGGGAUUCCCAUGGUACUAUGGGAUUAACGUUAAAAGGAAAUGAACAAUUUCCAAUAGAAAUACUGCCUAAUGUAAAAGUAGUUAAAAUAGCAUCUGGUGCUGAUCACUUAGUGUUACUUAAUGAAAAUGGACAUGUGUACACAUGCGGAUGUGGGGAACAAGGUCAACUAGGACGAGUAGCUGCUAGAGCAGCCAGUAGGAAUACUCGUCAUGGUAUGGGUCCUUUAUUAACCCCAGGUUUAGUUGAAUUUAAAGUUACUAAGAAACUAGAAUUUGACGAUAUAUGGGCUGGUACAUAUUGUACCUUUGCUAAAGAAUAUCAAAAAGGUGAUAUAUAUGUAUUUGGAUUAAAUAAUUAUUAUCAAAUUGGCUUGAAAGAUCCUGUAACUCAUUUUCACCCGCAAAUUUCAAAAACCUUCAGCGGAAAAGUUUGGAGGCACAUCGGUAGUGGACAGCAUCAUACUAUUGCUCUAGAUGAUUCUGGCCAAGUAUUUGUUAUGGGCCGUAAAGAAUACGGUCGCCUUGGACUUGGAUCUAAUUGCUCAGAUGCAAAAGAAUUAACAUCAGUUCCUAGUUUAAGUUCCUUUAAAUGUAUCGAUGUUGCAGCGGGUAGUGCCCAAUCUUUUGCUGUUACCGAAUCAGGAGAUUUAUAUUCAUGGGGUAUGGGUUCGAGUGGUCAACUAGGUACAGGAGAAGAAGAAGAUGUCGAAGAACCGACGUUAGUAAAAGGAAAACAACUGGAGGGAAAGACAGUGAUACGGGUCGCAGGUGGAGGCCAACAUACGUUAGCGUUAGCAACGAUCCAUUCAGUAAAAGAAAAAACUGCUGGCUAA